CCGACGCUGGCGUAAGAAUCGCAACCCUAGCUAAAGCUUUUGAGUCAUAGCCACAUCCACCUGUUACCUUGUCUCUCUCUUUUCAUCUCUAUCUCUAUCUCUCUCUCCCUUAAACCCUAGCUCUCAAAGCUCGCUACCGCUUCACUUCCUCGCCGCCAUUUUCUUCGAUUGCAGAAGGAGUUUUUUCUUAAAGCUCCAAAACGAUGUCGUCGGACGAAGAAAGAGAGGAGAAGGAGUUGGAUCUCACUUCCCCUGAAGUCGUCACCAAAUACAAAAGCGCUGCCGAGAUCAUUAACAAGGCUUUGCAGUUAGUUGUAUCUGAAUGCAAACCAAAGGCUAAGAUUGUAGAUGUUUGCGAGAUUGGUGACUCUUUCAUUAGAGAGCAAACUGGCAAUAUGUACAAGAAUGUUAAGAAGAAGAUUGAAAGGGGUGUUGCGUUCCCAACUUGCAUUUCUGUAAACAACACUGUGUGUCAUUUCUCUCCACUCGCGAGCGAUGAGACCGUGAUGGAAGCCGGUGAUGUCUUGAAAAUUGAUAUGGGUUGCCAUAUAGAUGGGUUUAUCGCGGUUGUGGCACAUACUCAUGUUCUUCAGGAUGGGCCGGUUACUGGAAAGGCAGCUGAUGUAAUUGCCGCAGCUAAUACAGCUGCGGAAGUUGCUUUGAGGCUUGUAAGGCCAGGAAAGAAGAACAAAGAUGUAACUGAUGCAAUUCAGAAGGUUGCAGCUGCUUAUGACUGCAAAAUUGUUGAGGGUGUUCUUAGCCACCAGCUGAAGCAGUUUGUGAUAGAUGGUAACAAGGUUGUGCUGAGUGUGUCUAAUACAGAUACAAGAGUUGAUGAUGCGGAGUUUGAGGAGAAUGAAGUUUAUGCUAUUGAUAUUGUAACAAGCUCAGGUGAAGGCAAGCCUAAGUUGUUGGAUGAGAAGCAGACAACUAUUUACAAGAGAGCUGUUGACAAGAACUACCACCUGAAGAUGAAAGCAUCUAGGUUUAUUUUCAGUGAAAUAAGCCAGAAAUUCCCUAUCAUGCCAUUCACUGCUAGGGCUCUGGAGGAGAAGAGGGCUCGUCUUGGUUUAGUGGAAUGUGUUAAUCAUGAGCUAUUGCAGCCAUAUCCUGUUCUUCAUGAGAAGCCUGGUGAUUAUGUUGCUCACAUCAAAUUCACGGUUUUACUAAUGCCAAAUGGGUCAGAUCGGGUCACAUCUCAUCCUCUGAAGGAGCUGCAGCCCACAAAGACAAUAGAUGAUCCUGAAAUCAAGGCUUGGUUAGCCUUGGGCACAAAGACAAAGAAGAAAGGGGGUGGAAAGAAGAAGAAAGGUAAAAAGGGUGACAAAACUGAAGAGUCCACAGAAGCUGAUCCUAUGGAUGAAACAACUACAAAUGGUGCUGCAUCCCAGGAAUGAGUUUUCUUACAUUUCAUUUUUUUCCAACCCCCGCCUUGUCAAUUUUGGUACUUCAUCCAUUGUAUCAGGUUGAAUAUGAGCUGGUUUACUAGUCUUUGGACAUUAAUCUUAAUCAUGUUUUCUUGCAAAUAUACCAUUUUAUGUAUCUUCUAGAUAAUCCUAAUUUCUUAGACACACUCUAGAAUCAAAGAGUUUAGCAGCAGAUUCAAUCGA